AUGACAUCAACAUCCAAAGGAAUUCUCCGCCCAUUUUUAAUUGUCUGCUUUAUUCUGGGCUUCUUUAUGGCAUGUCUUCUCAUUUACAUCAAGCCCACCAACAGCUGGGUCUUCAGUCCAAUGGAGUCAACCAGCUCAGUGCUGAAAAUGAAAAAUUUCUUCACCACCAAAACUGAUUCCGUUAAUGAAACUACUAUUCUGAUUUGGGUGUGGCCGUUUGGGCAGACCUUUGACCUUACCUCCUGCCAAGCAAUGUUCAACAUCCAAGGAUGCCAUCUCACAACAGACCGUUCUCUCUACAACAAAUCUCACGCGGUUCUGAUCCAUCACCGAGACAUCAGCUGGGAUCUGACGAAUUUACCUCAGCAGGCCAGGCCACCCUUCCAGAAAUGGAUUUGGAUGAAUUUGGAAUCCCCAACUCACACGCCCCAGAAGAAUGGUAUUGAGCACCUAUUCAAUCUCACUCUGACUUAUCGCCGCGACUCAGACAUCCAAGUGCCUUAUGGCGUAUUGACGGUGAGCACAAACCCCUUCGUGUUUGAAGUGCCAAGCAAAGAGAAGUUAGUGUGCUGGGUUGUAAGUAACUGGAACCCUGAGCACGCCAGGGUCAAGUAUUACAACGAGCUAAGCAAAAGCAUUGAAAUCCAUACGUAUGGGCAAGCAUUUGGAGAGUAUGUGAAUAAUAAAAAUUUGAUUCCUACCAUAUCUACUUGUAAAUUUUACCUUUCCUUCGAAAACUCAAUCCACAAAGAUUACAUCACAGAAAAGCUCUACAAUGCUCUUCUGGCUGGCUCCGUACCUAUUGUCCUGGGGCCAUCUAGGGAAAACUAUGAAAAUUAUAUUCCAGCAGACUCAUUCAUUCAUGUGGAAGAUUAUAACUCUCCAAGUGAGCUAGCAAAGUAUCUGAAGGAAGUUGACAAAAACAAUAAGUUGUACCUUAGUUACUUUAACUGGAGGAAAGAUUUCACAGUAAAUCUUCCACGGUUUUGGGAAUCACACGCAUGCUUGGCUUGUGAUCAUGUGAAAAGGCAUCAAGAAUAUAAGUCUGUUGGUAAUUUAGAGAAAUGGUUUUGGCAUUAG